CGCUCGCGACUCCUGAUGGCGACGGCAGCGCGGCGCCUCGUCCCCUUCCACCUCCGGCCGCCCGGCGCGCGCCCGCUCGCCGCCGUUGCGGCGGCUCCCCACAGCCGCAAGCGCGAUGCCGUCUCGUGCAAAUCCACCGGCAAGACCAGGGCGAAGAACAAGGCCAAGGACACCACCAUGUGGCGGCCGCAGCGGCGGGAGCUGGAGGAGCACCUCAAGCGGCGCACCCGCUCCGCCGGCGCCUUCGACCCCGGCCUCUACCGCCGCCACUCCCACUCCCACCACGUCCCCGUCUUGCUCGGGGAGGUCCUCGCCGCGUUCCGCCGCCCGCUCCCGCUCCGCUCCUUCGUCGACUGCACCCUCGGUGCCGCCGGCCACUCCCUCGCCAUGAUGGAGGCGCACCCGGAGAUGGAGCUGCACGUUGGCAUGGACGUCGACCCCUCUGCGCUGGCGAUUGGCCAGCGCCACAUCGAGGCUUUCCUUGUUAGUAGGGCAACUGGGGAAGGGGGAGAAGAUGCUCUGCAAGGGACACUACGCGCCUAUACUCACGUCAAGAAUUUCAAGUACAUCAAGCAUGUUGUUGGUGGCGUUGACGAGAGCCUGGCAGAUGGCUCGUCUGGAGUUGACGGUAUCCUCAUCGACCUUGGCAUGUCAUCCAUGCAGGUUAACAGGUCAGAUAGAGGAUUUAGUGUGCUCAAUGAUGGUCCACUUGACAUGCGCAUGGACCCUAAGGCAACUUUAACAGCAGAAGAUAUCUUGAACUCUUGGCCCGAGCUUGAAGUUGGGCGUAUCCUCCGUGAUUAUGGGGAGGAAAGCAAUUGGCAAUCCCUUCAGAGGCGAAUUGUUAAAGAACGGAAAACAGGGGGUUUACACUCUACUGGCGAGCUUGUCAAACUUAUCCAAAGAACGUGCACCAUUUCAGGAGGACGGCAAGGCUGGAUUAAAACUGCAACAAGGGUAUUCCAAGCCCUUAGGAUUGCAGUUAAUGAUGAGCUCCAAACUUUAGAAGACGCACUCCAUUCGUGUUUUGACUGCCUAGCACCAGAUGGCCGUCUUGCUGUAAUCUCAUUCCACAGUUUAGAGGACAGAAUUGUCAAGCAGACAUUCCUGGAGCUUAUUCGUGGGGAUGAAGCAGAGGAUGAUGAGGAAGACUUGGUAUGCGCUGACAUCGACGACGAAGAUGAGCCAUGGUUUAAGCAGAGAGUGCAAGGGACCAACGGCACUGUCCUGACAAAAAGACCGACAACCCCUUCACAAGAGGAAGAGAAACUAAAUCAAAGGUGUAGAAGUGCAAAGCUCAGAGUUAUUCAGAAGGCCUAAACGGAAUAACACUGGAUACAAAUUUGUGAAUGAUUGCUGAGGAGAUUAUCGAGGCCGCAAAACAUGCGACUGUCAGUUUCUCAUCUGCUCACCAGGAAGCAAACACUUUGAAAUCGCCUGAAACUUGGUUCAGGGAGGUGAAUAGGAGGUCUUUGCUCCCCCCAAAGAUGGGAACAUGGAAGGUAGAGGGUUAGGUUAGUCCAGAAGUAAUAAUCUCACCGUGUUUGUACUUUGUACCAUUUUUCCAACUUCACUCGUGUAUAUUGUACUCUGUUUGCCACCUUCUCUUGCAAGAUGCGACCAAUUUUAUGCCAUCUGCAAUUCUGCAUUCGA